GUGCAUCCUCUAGCUGCAGAUGACCCUCGCCUUCCUGCAGUCUUAGCCCGCUUCCGCUCUCUAGGUCGUUUGCUGGCUUUGGCGCUGCGAGAAUCCUUCGUCGUGCCGCUCCCUCUAGCGGCGACUGUGCUACGCCAGCUGCGGGGAGAGAAGGUUGGCAGUGAGCACCUGCCUCAACCGGGAGAUGGACUUGCAGGAGAGUUUGUGGGUGCCU